GGGGAGGGGAGAGGCUCUGAGAGGCGAGGCCGGGUGCGGCGGCGAGAGCGUCCCAACGGGCGCGGGACGGGACGGGGCAACGCGGGCGCCAGGAGCAGCGGCCCGGAGUCGGGGCGCCUUGCCCCGGGCCCCCCAGCAUGAAGACCCCGGCGGACACAGGGUUUGCCUUCCCAGACUGGGCCUACAAACCGGAGUCAUCCCCUGGUUCAAGGCAGAUCCAGCUGUGGCACUUUAUUCUGGAGCUGCUACGGAAGGAGGAGUACCAGGGCGUCAUCGCCUGGCAGGGGGACUACGGGGAAUUUGUCAUCAAGGACCCUGAUGAGGUGGCCCGCCUCUGGGGUGUCCGCAAGUGCAAGCCCCAGAUGAACUAUGACAAGCUGAGCCGGGCCCUGCGCUAUUACUAUAACAAACGCAUUCUGCACAAGACCAAGGGCAAGCGGUUCACCUACAAGUUCAACUUCAACAAGCUGGUGCUGGUCAAUUACCCUUUCAUAGACGUGGGGCUGGCCGGGGGUGCAGUGCCCCAAAGUGCCCCUCCAGUGCCAUCGGGUGGCAGCCAUUUCCGCUUCCCCCCUUCAACGCCUUCCGAGGUGCUGUCCCCCACUGAGGAUCCCCGAUCUCCACCGGCCUGCUCUUCAUCUUCCUCCUCGCUCUUCUCUGCUGUGGUAGCCCGACGUUUGGGCCGGGGCUCAGUCAGUGACUGUAGUGAUGGCACGUCAGAGUUGGAGGAGCCUCUGGGAGAGGACCCCCGGGCAAGACCACCUGGCCCUCCAGAGCUGGGUGCCUUCCGAGGGCCCCCCCUGGCCCGCCUCCCGCAUGACCCUGGUGUCUUCCGUGUCUACCCCCGGCCCCGGGGUGGUCCUGAACCCCUAAGCCCCUUCCCUGUGUCACCCUUGGCUGGGCCUGGCUCCCUUCUGCCCCCUCAGCUCUCCCCGGCUCUGCCUAUGACUCCCACCCACCUGGCCUACACACCCUCGCCCACGUUGAGUCCUAUGUACCCCAGCGGUGGUGGGGGCCCUAGUGGCUCAGGGGGAGGCUCCCACUUCUCCUUCAGCCCCGAGGACAUGAAACGGUACCUGCAGGCCCACACCCAAAGCGUCUACAACUACCACCUCAGUCCCCGCGCCUUCCUGCACUACCCUGGGCUGGUGGUGCCCCAGCCACAGCGCCCUGACAAGUGCCCGCUGCCGCCCAUGGCACCAGAGACCCCACCGGUACCCUCCUCAGCCUCGUCUUCCUCUUCCUCCUCUUCAUCCCCGUUCAAGUUUAAGCUGCAGCCACCUCCGCUAGGACGCCGGCAGCGAGCAGCUGGAGAGAAGGCUCCAGGAGGCACCGAGAAGAGCAGCGGUAGCAGUGGCUCAGGUGGGCUGGCUGAGGGGGCAGGCGCAUUGGUCCCCCCACCGCCACCACCCCAGAUCAAGGUGGAGCCCAUCUCAGAAGGCGAGUCCGAGGAGGUGGAGGUGACUGACAUCAGUGACGAGGAUGAGGAAGAUGGGGAGGUGUUCAAGACUCCCCGUGCCCCACCUGCUCCUCCAAAGCCAGAGCCGGGAGAGGCACCUGGGGCAGCCCAGUGCAUGCCCCUUAAACUGCGCUUUAAGCGGCGCUGGAGUGAAGACUGUCGCCUGGAGGGGGGCGGGGCUCUGUCCGGGGGCCCUGAGGAUGAGGGUGAGGACAAGAAGGUGCGUGGGGACACGGGCCCUGGGGAGGCUGGGGGGCCACUCACCCCACGACGGGUGAGCUCUGAUCUCCAGCACGCCACAGCCCAGCUCUCUCUGGAGCAUCGAGAUUCCUGAGAGCCAUGGGCAAGGACCCCCGUGUGCCCCCUCAACACCCCGAGCUUUUGCUGCCUUAACCCCCACAAAGCCCUGGAGGUGAGGGCAGCUCUCUUAGUCUCUUCCCUGCCUCCUCCCUUUCUCCUCCCCACAUUUUGUAUAAAACUUUUUUUUUUUUUUAAAUGGUAGGGUGGGUGGGUACCCAAGACUGGGGGCUAAUCUCCUCAUCUCUGGGUUUCUAAGUU